CACCCUCUGCUUCCCCUCUGGGCUCGGUGAGCUUCCUCCCCGCGGUCCCUCAGGAGAAGGAGCCGUGCCCCGUCUGCAGAGGUUUGGGGUUUUCCCCUGGGUCUCCUCUUCUGCGCUCUCCUGCUCCCCCCCCUCCGGGGCCCUGGGCUGCCCCCAGCCCUGUCUCUGUCGCUAAUUAAAGACGUGGGGCUCCUCUGGCAGCGGGGCUGACCUUGGUGCAGGGAUGAUUCAGCAGUAAAUGACGGGCUGGUGCGGCCGGGGACGAGGCUCUGGCUCCGUGCUGGGCUGUCUGGCUCCGUCCUGCAGCUCAGGCCGCCCCGUCCACACCGAAUGAGCUUUGGGGAGGAGGCUGGCUGCCGGAGAGCUGCAGGAACCCCCUUGUCCGUGCGUCCUUCCCUGCCUGCAUCCCCGAACGUGAGGGUCCCCGAGUGACCUGGCCGCCCAAGGAGGCUCUCAGGAACCCUGCCGCUGGCGAAGCGCUGGGACCGGUCCGGCAGUGAGACUGGGACACCACCGCCGAAGGUGGCACAAGCUGCACUCCAAGGCUGGGAAGAAGGAGAAGGAGCGGGGCGAGGUCGAAGUGAGCGUCCAGUUCGUGCGCAACAACCUGACGGCCAGCAUGUUCGACCUGUCCGUGAAGGACAAGCCGCGCUCGCCCUUCGGCAAGCUGAAGGACAAGGUGAAGGGCAAGAAGAAAUACGACUUGGAGUCGGCCUCUGCCAUCAUCCCCAGCAGCGUGGGCGCCCUCGACGGGGAGGAUGACUUCGAUAUCGGGGGCAAGAAGUCCAAAAUCAAGGGCUUCUUGAAGAGCAAGCUGCGCAAGUCGUCCCUGACGCAGUCCAACACCUCGCUGGGCUCCGACAGCACCGUCUCUUCGGCCAGCCUGGGCCUGGCUGCAAACGCUGCCGAGGUAACCAAAUCCCCCAGCAGACACAGCAGCCUGUCCACGGAGCGCUCUGUGAGGGACUUCUUGCCGUCCCCGAGGCUGACCCACAAGAGAGCGUUCAGCGACGACGUCUCCCAGGUCAGCCCGGUCCUGGAGCCGAAAGCCAUCCAAAGCCUGAAGCCAAAGAGCGACCCCGUGUCCCGGUCCUCCCUCUGCAUCAACGGCAGCCACGUUUACGGCGACGAGCCUGCAUUGCAGAGCCCCACGCCCGCCCCGCGGAGCUCCGCGCCGCUGCCCGUGCCCGGCGGCCCCAGGAGGCCGGAGGAGGGCUUCGGCUUCGCCCCCCUGCACCCGGAGCCCCCCGAAGCACCCUGGGGGGGCUUCGAGAGGACGCAGCAGAGAGACGAGCCCAGGUUCAUCCCGUCUCCUCCCAGCUUAGUCCUGCAGGAAGAGCUGAAGGUGUCCACCAAAGCCGUGACCCUCAGCAACCACCUGGGCAGAGCCAGGAUGGAGGAGAGCGGCCGCUCGGAGAGCAAGCCCACCCAAGCUGCGGCGCCCUUGGUGGUCUCCGCGGAGGCGCGGCAGGAGAAGCAGGCGGAAGAAUCGAGGAAGGAAGAGAAGAAACCCAAAGGCGGCUUCUUCCACCACGGGGGCACCAAGAGCGACGCCGGGGGCAGAGGCCAGGGAGAGAAAACGGGAGGCUCGCCCGCGGCAGGCGACGAGAGGAGCAGGGCCGGCGGCUGGUUCGCGUCCAAGGAGCCCAAAGAGAGCCCCCAGAAACCCAGUUUCCCGCCUGGGCCGCAUGCUUCAACAGAGGUCGCUGGGAGCUUGUGUUCCUCUGCGGAUUGCAGUCCCUCUGCCUCCCUCAGGCUCACGGACCCGGAGAGGGAUCCUCCAGCCCAAAACGUUGGCGUCCCCGUCCCAGAAACCACUCCCCCGUCGCACGGAGACCUUCCUCCUCCGGACGAGCAAGCCGCCGCCGGUCCUCCUCCCCUCUCGGAGUGGGACGCCACCUUCGACGCCUUUGCCACCAGCAGGCUCAACCCGGAGCCGAAGAAGGAAAACUUGUUGGCUUCGGUGGCGGCGGAGGGCAUGGCCUUCAUCGACGAUCCCGACGCGGCGAGCCCCACGGACGGAGCGGCCGAGAAGGGGGCGAAGGCUUUCGAAAAGGCCGAGCCGCAGACCGGCAGCGAAAUGCCCCCGGCUCUACGGUCUUGGACGAAUUUCUCCGGUUUGGACGUGGGGGCGAACUUGGUGAGCACAACGCAGGAAGCGACCGUGAUAGAGGACGUGCUGAGCCCCGUGUCCGCGGGGUCGGGGGGGAGGAGGAGGAAAAGCAGCACGCCGAUGGUUUGGGCGCCUGCGUUCUCGUCGGGAAACCCGGGGGAAAAGGAGGCUUCGGCGGCACGAACUGCUGAAAAACGCGGCGGGGAGGACAGGGACAGUAACGAGGAGGAAACCUCUAGUGCGGGGGAGAACGGGUGGAUGACCAUCGCCACCGAAACCGCUCCUGAUCCGUCGGAGAGCACCCAAAGCAUAGGCCAGGAGAGCGCGUUCGGGCAGCGGCCGUUCCUCAGCGAAGGCACCUUCGAAGCGAAAAGCGGUCCUCGCGCCGCCGCUUGCGUCCUGCCCAGAAGCAAAUUCCCCCCCGAGACCGCCUCCGAAACGCUGCCGGGGGGCAACGUCGCCGCCGUGCCCCCGCGGGUGCUCCCGGAGGCGGCGGUGAGACGGUUCCCCGCGGCCCCCGAGCCGGGACGGGACCCCCAGGGCGCCGGUGGCCAGGAGGAGACGUUCGACAUCAGGACCUCGGUGUACCGGCUGCAGGCGAGCAUGCGGCUGGAGGCUGGCGAGGGCCGCGUGAGGCUCAGCUCCGACGUUCGCGAGAGGCACGUCGUCCUCUCCCCGUGGACGGGUGUGCGAGGGGAGCAGGAGGAGGACGCGGCGCCCGGCUCGGAUGCGUCGGCGUCUGCGCCGCCCCCCAAACCUCCGAGGUGGUUCGCGGCCGCGGGUGGCGGAGGGGACGGCGAGGAGGAGGUGUGCGACCCGAAGGUGAGGCAGCAGGGCGGCGAGGAGCGGCGGGAAGGUGUGGAGGGUCCGAAGGGGGACGUGGAGCUGCCGAGGAGACACCUGCGCGGCGAGACGGCCGUCCCAGCUCCUCCCAGCCCAACUGCACCCGGGGCCGCCACCGCCGAAGCUGCGCCUGAGAUCCCGGCCUCUGGGGAUGCCGAGGGUGCUGCCACAGACUCAGAGCCUGACGUGGGGGCAAAAGCUGCGGAGCUGGCCAAAGGGGACACCUCUCUGGGGACAGACCCGUCGGAGAUGAGUGGGGAGGAUGUGGCCGAGCAGUUUGAGACUUGCCUGUCGAAGCUCUCCCCGGAGAGCUGGAGCCAGCCAGCUUUACCCCCUCUAUCCCCGGGGCCGGCAGGCGGUGCUGAGUUGGAGACGGCCGCGGAGCAGGAGCAGUUCCCCGAGGAGCUGAGUGUUUCAGGACUAACCCCGUCUUCCAGGCUAGACUCGGGCCAGCCUGAAGCCUUCUGGACGGCUCUGGAAGAGCAGGAGGCGGCGGGCUGUCCCCAAAGGUUAGCGCGUGGGCACAGCCCACCCCGGCCGGAGCCGGCGUGGGGGCACGGUGCGGGGCGGCGCGGGCAGGCUCAGGGCCGGCCAUCCGCUGGCGAGCCCGAGGGGCCGCGGCGCCGGUGCUCGGCCGACGGCAAGAUAGACUUCAAGAAGGCUGACUUCUGGAAGCCAGAAGCGGAGGAGAGGAGCGAGCAGGAUGCUUCGGUGCCGGGCAAUCCCUUUGUUCCGGCAGUCAGCCCCAUUGCCCCGAGCAACCCCUUUGUGGAGAAGCCACCAGACAGCCUCCCCGCGCAAGCCGUGCUGCCCGAAAGGCUCGGUCGGGGCUUCAGGUUCCCCCAGCUCCCCGAGGAAGCCCUUCAGCAAGGCUUCCAGCCCACUAACCUCCCCAGGGAGCCGCUAGGCAAGCCUCCUUCCCUGCAUGCCAGCCAGCCCUUGGCCUUCUCCACCCCUUUCCUCGUGGCUGCGACUAACCCCGAGCAGUUUGAUUUCCCCUCCCCUGUCGCGUGCCCCGCCAGCGGCGGGGUCCCUGCCGCCACCAGCCGCGCAGCAGCAGCCCAGCCCUGCCCUUUGCUGCAGUCCGGUGACACACAAGCUUCAGCGCUCGUGGUUUUGCCCAGGGAGACACAGCCAGCUGAGAAGCCCUUUUGCCAGCAGACGACCAGCCCUCACCCGGUGAAGCCCAUCAGCGCUGCGGUGCAGGAGGCCCCCGGCGAGAAGAAGCAGCAGCACAAGUCCAGCCUGACGGCGGCUCUGAGCAACGGCCUGGAGAAGCUGAAGACGGUCACCACGGGCAGCGUCCAGCCCGUGGCCCCGUCGUCUCACCCGGAGAAAGCGGACUCCAAGAAGUUGAAGGAUCCCACCGUGCUGGACCAGUCCGCCAAGUAUUACCACCUGACCCACGACGAACUCAUCCAGCUCCUGCUGCAGAGGGAGAAGGAGCUGAGCAAGAAGGAGGAGCACAUCCAGGAACUGGAGAAUUACAUCGACCAGCUGCUGGUGCGCAUCAUGGAGCAGUCCCCCACGCUCCUCCAGAUCCCACGGGGGGAAGCCAAGACCAAGUAACCUCCUCGCGGAGCCCAGCAGCACUUGCCUAGAGCACUUCUCCAAUAACCGCGCUGCAAACAUCCCUGCACUCCCCCCCUCCUCUUGCAAGAGGGCUCCAGUGGCUUCUGUUCGCAGAGUUUAGCAGGAAAGGUGGUCUGCUCCUCCCCAGCCCCAGCUUCACCCAGCUCCUGGGAACUAUAGGGUGGGAGGCUGUCCUCCUCCGCCCUAUGGGGAGGAGCAGAGCCCUCCGCGGGAGGCAGAUGCCUCCUGAGGUUCCUGUGCAAGUGGCACCUUCUCAGGCACUCAUCCUGCCGAUGCUUCAAGUGGUCCGUGGACAUUCUGAGAGCUGGAAAGCGGCCACCUCGCCCUCGUCUUCGUCAUGCUGCUGCUGCUCUCCUGCCUACAGUCUUCCGCGGUCUCUUCUCUGAACUGCUGUGCCCUGGCCGAUGGGCAGGGCUAAAUUGGGUGAAGAAAUUGGGGAUGCUUGAACUGGGUGAGGGUCUACCAGCCCGUCACUGUCCCCUGAGUGUGCUCAGCAGGGCAGCUAGGGCAAGGGGCCGCUGUCGGAUGCUGUUGUGCACCGUCGGUGCUGGGGGAGAGCUCCUCGCACGCCGCCCGGCCCUCCACCCGUGCGUACAAACCACAGGUGAAAUUUCGGAUCAGUAUUAACCCCCCCCCGGCCUUGCGUCUGCAGGAAUUGCUUUCCACCGGCUGCCCCCCCCCCACCACCGACUUCGUGUUGUCGUUCUCAACGCAACAGGAAGAUGCCAUAGGGACCGAAGCUAGUGUGCAAAGGCUGCCUGGCUGCCCUGCCACCUCUAUGCAUGACAUCCCCGCAGGUCAGGCAGCCGCCCGACACACGCAAGCACAUGCUGUGACGGCUAGCGACCCGGCAAUCAACGCAGAUCCCCUUCGAGCCAGUAUUAGUCCCAAAGCAGCUAGAGUUCUAUCACAUCUACGCGCCCGUGUCGGGUCUCGGGCAGCUUGGGCCCACCCUUAGACGUCCUAGGCGAGCUCUCUCGGGAGUUGUGAAUGCUUCUUGCUAACUUGGAGUGAGCGUGUAAAGGCUCCCUGAACGCUUGGUGGAGUAGCUGUAGGUGGUGACAGUCUGAGGCUGGUGAGCAACGCUCCUGGCCCCUGGAGUACGGCGCAGCUUUUGGUUUGGAGAUGCUGGGGAAGGGCACGUAAGAGGUGUUGCUCCCUCUCUUCUUGUGCCGGUGUUUUGGCUACAAGGUGCCCGUGCAGGCGGAGGAUCAGUGCGUGUGGGACAUGAGCUGUCUCAACGUGCAGGGCAUCUUUUCUGUAGAUCUUAAAAAGUUCCUGGAUUUUUUUAAACUUCAUACUCUUUUUUUUUUUUUUUCCUUACUUGUUUCCGUGUAUACCGUGACUGAAAAAUUGUGCCUUUCGCAAAAGAACAGUGGCAGUUUCCUACCAAAAAAAGGCUCUGAAAUCCAAUUUCCAGCGCAGUGUAACGUGGCUUGGCCAGCUUUUGCCUGCUAAUUCGAACUAGGUGAGUUUAUUUCUAAAAGCAAUCAGCAGAGCCUUCCCGUCCCUGCGGGCUGUUUGCUUUGGUCUUCGGCAGGCAGGCUGCGUGGACAGCUCUGUGACAGGGGCGAUGCAGAUACUACGGGAUGAUGCUGAGCGUAGGGCAUGGCAGAUAUUACAAGACAAAAUUCAGCUGCGUGAAGACAGGAGUGGGUCGCGCUCGCAGCCUGAGGCUGUAGGAAGUAGGAGGUAUCAGCUUAAAAGGGGAUCUGGCAUUGAUGGCGGCGACGGUAUUUGGUCAUAUCUAGCUUGCACGCCACCGUAAUAAAAGGAGGAUUUGUGAGCCUGGACCUGCCCUUGUCCCUAACAGGGAGGUAAUCUGGGGUUUUGCACCUCUCUACCUGCGUCUUUCUGUUCCUCCUCCCUCCGUGUGUCUCAGAUGCGGGGACUUGCAUUUCUGGUGUAAGGUGUGAGGGUCUGAGGGAAGAUGUUUCACUCUUUAUAUAGAGAGAGAGAAAAAAGAAACUUCUCUUUGCCUAUAUAAUCAAAAUCUCCCAUGGCCUGCGAGCAGGGUUCCCUUUCUGGGUGCCCGUGUCCUGUAGAAAAGCCUUCCCUUUCACCUGGAACCGGGCAGGGAGUUGUGGACAGCUGGAACGGCGUCAGGAGAGCUGCGCAGCGUGGGGAGGAGGGCAGGGAGAGGGGGCAGGGAUGUCGAGCAGUAAAAGCUCACGUCAAAGGGACGUUACUAGGGGACAGAAAAUUACACAGGGCGGAAGUCCUGCAGUGUCCACGCUGGCUCCGCUGCUUCCUUGGACUUCUCCCCGCCACAGGCGCUCCCCACACACAAGUGCCGAUGUUUUUAAGGAGCUUGCUGCGCCUCCUCCCUGCCUCUCUCCUCCUCUUCGCCGCGUCUAACCGCCUCCGUACGCCCCGCUCUGCCUUAGUCAGCUCUGCCUUUUCUUCCGAAGCUCCGCUGUUUUGCACUUUAGAUCUUCAAGUCGAUCUCAGAGCUACGGAGCGCCGUCUCAGGUGCGCGGCCUCUGCAGCAACACGUGCUUCCUUCUGCCACCUGCCCGCUGCGCGCCGCAUGCUUGUGUUUAGGAGGCAUCUGACAGGUGCUCGUCUUCUGUUUCUCCACCCCACCACCCCGAGAACGUUCCCUCCCCGCAGUUUUUCUUCUCUGCAUAAGAGCAAGCAAGCUUGACUACACCGCGCGCCAACGCUAAAGGCAGAGUCUGUGUGACUUUGUCGCUAAAACCUCGAAGUAAAACCUCCAAGCCACCCGAGGGACCGGUUGUGGGGACCUCGAUGUUUUCUCUUAGAUGCGGGGGGUGAGAGAAAUAACUGGCGGAGAUGUUCUCAGGUUGCUCACGUCCCAGAUCCAUAUUCAGUGGUUAUCUGAAGACAGGGAGGCGAGCAGUGCUGCGCGGCGUGCAGGAUGACACCCGGGGCUCUGUCGCCCGUUGCUGAAAGGAGCAGACAAAAGGAUUUUAACGCAGUCGCCUGGGCCAGCUGCAGCGUUUCACUGGUUUGGUUUCAACCACAGCCGUAGCAAUAACUCCGUAUUUUGCCUUUUGCAUCCUGGUCUGUCCUUCUUUUUUCCCACAUUCAAGCUGUUUCACAGGUUUUCCGCAGGGUUUGCUCUCGUCUGCUCUGUUCUGUUGUCAGCCCACAACUGGGCUUCUUGCUUUUAAAGAACUCUGGCCGAGUGAUUAAUUUUUGUGUUUGCUGCCCCUUCCGGCCCGGAGUUACGGGACGGAAGACCAGCCGAGGUAUAUCCUUAAACUGGAAGAAACCUGAAGGGACGUGGGUACCGAAGUGUGACGUAGACCCAGCCUUACGACUUGUCUGUGAAGAAAGAGCCGCGCGUGUCGUGUGUUGUAAACGUGGGGUGGAGAAACAUCCCCAAAACGGGAGAGAGAAGUGUUGGGGUUCGGGGAGUUGUUGAUUUCCCUGUACUUCGCGUACGUGGGAAGUGGGUUCUGUGUGUUUCAUGUUUUAAUAGUUGCAACUAAUGUUUAUAAAGAGCUUGUUAUUUACGUUUUAAGCACUUUAAAAAAAAAAAUAAAUAAAAGUUGUUCAAGC